AGCGUCGAAGGCUGAGCGAUUUUAACUUCCUGUUUGGAGCAGUUCAGGAAGACGAAGUAAUGGCGACGCUACUGGGGCCCGAGUCCCCUUGGAUGGGAGGAAAGAAACGGACUCGAAACAGGAAUAUUAUCACCAGAAUACGGCAGAGUCAGAUUGCGGGACGAGGCUUCAGCAGAGGGACGCAGCUCCCAGAAGUUCUUCUUCAAGAGAGAGAUAAGAGGGCGAAAUGGCACGGGAUUCCAGUCUUACUUCAAGAGCUGUACGAGAGCAGCCACCUAAACAGUGACUUCACCCGCUCACAUAUUGUCCUGAAGGAACUGUCAUCAUUGCUAUCUAUGGAGGCCAUGUCUUUUGUGACGGAGGACAGGAAGACGGCGCAAGAGUCCACCUUUCCCAACACGUACACCUUUGACCUGUUUGGAGGAGUAGAUCUCCUGGUGGAACUUCUGAUGAGACCCACUCUGACAACGCUACAAAAGCCCAAAAUGAAUGAUGACUUGGUUAAAGACUGCCUUAGUGUGCUGUACAACUGCUGCAUAUGUACGGAAGGGGUCACAAAAAACCUGGCAUCGAGGGAUGAUUUUGUCUUAUUUCUCUUCACGUUGAUGACAAAUAAGAAGACCUUUUUGCAAACAGCUACAUUGAUUGAGGAUAUUCUUGGAGUUAAAAAGGAAAUGAUUCAGUUGGAGUGGAUCCCAAACCUGUCAGGACUGGUCCAGAGCUUUGAUCAGCAGCAGCUCGCCAACUUCUGUCGUAUCCUCUCCGUCACCAUAUCUGAGCCUGAUGUGGGGAACGAUGACAAACACACACUCCUGGCUAAAAACGCACAGCAGAAACGCAAUACCAGCCCCUCACGAGCAGAGGUCAACCAGGUCACGCUCCUGAACAUCCCUGGCUUCAUUGAGCGUCUCUGUAAAUUGGCCACACGGAAGGUGUCCGAGGCAACUGGAACAUCAAACUUUCUGCAGGAACUGGAGGAGUGGUACACUUGGCUCGACAACACGCUAGUACUGGAUGCGCUCAUGCAGAUAGCAACUGAUGAAGCGGAGCACAGCAGCACAGAAUCAUCUGAUGAGAGUACAUUGGCCACCAUCCCUUUGAGGCAUCGUUUGCCACAGUCCAUGAAGAUUGUUCAUGAGAUCAUGUAUAAGGUGGAAGUGCUGUACGUUUUGUGCGUCCUGCUCAUGGGCCGACAACGGAACCAGGUGCAUAAAAUGUUGGCGGAGUUUCGUUUGAUUCCUGGACUCAAUAACCUUUUCGACAAGCUCAUCUGGAGGAAAUACACCACCUCUAAUCACGUGGUUCAUGGACAGAAUGAAAACUGCGAUUGCAGUCCGGAAAUCUCUUUUAAAAUCCAGUUUUUGAGGCUUCUGCAGAGCUUUAGUGACCACCAUGAAAAUAAGUACUUGCUUCUGAACGCUCAAGAGCUGAAUGAGUUGAGUGCCAUCUCCCUUAAGGCAAACAUCCCUGAGGUGGAGGCACUAGUAAACACCGACAGGAGUUUAGUGUGUGAUGGUAAAAAAGGGCUCCUCACACGGCUCCUCGCCGUUAUGAAAAGAGAACCGCCAGACUCUUCCUUCAGGUUCUGGCAGGCAAGAGCUGUUGAGAGCUUCCUCCGAGGGGCCACAUCAUAUGCAGACCAGAUGUUUUUGCUGAAGAGAGGCUUGCUGGAGCACAUCCUCUUCUGCAUCAUCGACAGUGGCUGCAAGUCCAGAGAUGUCCUGCAGAGCUACUUUGACCUGCUCGGGGAGCUUAUGAAGUUCAACAUCGAUGCCUUCAAGAGAUUCAACAAAUACGUCAACACAGAUGAAAAGUUCCAGGUGUUCCUCACCCAGAUCAACAGCUCUCUGGUGGACUCCAACAUGCUUGUCCGUUGUAUUGUCCUCUCUCUUGAUCGAUUUGAGAGCCAGACGGAAGAUGUGAAAGUGGUUGAAGUGCUUUCUGAGUGCUGUCUGCUGUCCUACAUGGCUCGAGUGGAGAACAGGCUGUCCUUCCUUUUUAGGCUGGUUAACAUCAUCAAUGUGCAGACCCUCACACAGGAGAACGUGAGUUGUCUUAACACCAGCCUGGUGAUUCUGAUGCUGGCCCGGAGGAGAGGAAAGCUCCCGUUUUACCUGAACGCCCUGCGGGAGAAGGAAUACACAGAGAAAUAUCCUGGCUGCCUCCUUAACAACUUCCACAACUUGCUGCGCUUUUGGCAGCACCACUACCUCAACAAGGAUAAAGACAGCACCUGCCUGGAGAAUAGUUCCUGUAUUCCCUUCAGUUACUGGAAGGAGACGGUUUCAGUACUGCUCGGAGAGGACAGGACUUCUCCCUGUGCCAUUAUCAGCUACAUAGAUGAGCCUUACAUGGAGCUAGACCGGGACCUUCUAGAGGAUUGACUCUUGCGGGUGGGCUCGGGGAGGGACUCGCACGUUCAGAGAGCGUAUAGAACAGCCUCCCGGCUCAUCCGACUGCAUGCUAUGGCUCAGUGAGCUGUCCAUUCUUUACUUGGUGCCCAUGUUCCACUUAAUUCAUCUCCAGGUCCUGGGUGCAAAGGAACUUCCCGUGAAGGAUCGCCCACCCCGUUAUUCAUUCAGCGGGAACGCAGUACCCGGACAGCUCAAGCCAGAGCCGAAACUCUGACCUGAAACUGUCUCGUUGUGUUCUGGUGCCGUACUUUCGGUGAAAUCGCAUGGGGCCUUUUAUGCAGAAUUACACAAAGAAGAAAAUAUUUAGGAUAAAUGUCCGACUUGGAUCAGAAAGAUGUAUCCUCGACUUAGGGUGGUCGAUGAUCUAGUGAUCUAAGAACUGCACAGCCAGCCUUUAAGGAGAUUUUCUCUGUAAUUUAGAAUGGAAAAAGCAAAAGAGAAGUGUUGGAUUGAUGAACGGUGGCUUGGAUGUUACUUUGCCAAGCUGUCAGAAGGUUAUUCUAACAUUUGAGAGGUGAACGGCACUCAUGCUUAACUGAAUGAUGUCAAAAUCUUUGUACAGUGUAGAUGAAUUAGAAAUGAAAUUUGGACAAGUCUUAUUUAUUUUCUCACAUUUCUCUUGUAAUUUUGCGCUCGUGGUGAGAUCAUAAACCUGUUUUCUUUUCAUAUUCUUCAUUGCUUCGCUCCUUUUGUUAGGUUUUAUCAAGCACAUAUGAAAUAAGAGAUUUUCCGUUCUUCUAUUUUUAAUUUUUUGUAUAAAUUAGUUUUUAAUAGUACAUGUAUCAUCCCUUUUGUUUUAUUUUUUCACAGUGAAACACUUCAUAUCUCGUGGGCACGGAAGGUGUUAAACUAUGCAGGUUCACUCACACCAUGGUCGUAAAUAUCCAGCUAGCCUUGACCUCCAUGCUGCCAUCUGUCGUUCGUUCUGUAGCAAACCACUAAAUCACCAUCUUCUAACUUUACAGGCCUCAGCCGUUGACAAUCUGUUGCGCUCAAACAUGCAGCUCCGGCUUGGUGGCCGGGAACCUGCGAAGGUGCUGCUCUUCUGCGGUCGCUUUGUGCUGGAUGUGGUAGCUGAGCUAGACUAGAAGCGCUAAACUAGAAACUUCCAAUCAACUACCUCGUUUCAUUAGUGUUGUUUUCUAACCCACUCCUAUAGUUUAAGCAUGUUGCGGAUUUUAUUCUGUUGCACCUAAUUUCACUGUGUAUGCAAAAGUUCCUGUGUAUAAAUGACUAAAUGUGUUUCACAAGAAUUGCUUUGCUUUUACCUGUGGAUGUUUGCAAGUUCUCGUGUUUUUUCUUUAUAUCGGUUUCUUAUACUGUCACGGUGCUUUGCGUUGGCAAAUCAAUUUCAUACCAUUCGUAUAAAGCGGUUUGAAUGCUACAGAGUUUUGGUCACUUCCUUUGACACCAGGAAUGUGUAGUUGUAAUAAUAGCAGUAGUGUGAAUGUGAUUUUUCUGAUUUGAAUGAUUGCUACAUCAACACAAAGGAUCUGAAUGUCUCUUCUUUAUCCACAGGCCUUGGUUCAUGUCUCGCAUGGGUUGGGUUUGGUUUUAAAUACUGACAUUUUCUUGCAUAGCUCUGUCUGGAUGAAUUUAGUCAUAAGAGAUAACCAUGUCAAGCCCAGUAAACUUAAUGCUUUAAAUAAACCUGAAUUCAAUACCCUG